AAUAACCCUCAUUCAGUCUGCACACAGCACCAUGCAGUGAAUCAGUCCCACAGCCGCCAUCAAAACAAACCACAAUGACAGACACGGGGCCGAAGUUCAGGAUACUGAAGUUUGUAAAGAUUGUUAUUAGUAGCCUCUUUAUUACAGCCUUACUGCUGUUCACUAUAGCAUCUAUAAGGACACUCACACUGGAUGUAAACGCCGGGCUUCAGCUGGCACACUGGGAGAAGACGAAUAACAUCCAGCUUGUCAUAGACCAACACCAGAGAGAGGAGCUGCUUGCUAACUUUAAAGAGGCUGUCCGGAUCCCCACAGUGUCGUUCUCAGAGACAGAGAGCAACACGACCGCUCUGCGUGAGUUUGACAGGCUCAUCCGAAAAGCUUUCCCAACGGUUUUUUCUUCAAGCUUGGUUCGUCAUGAAUUGGUGGCCAACUACAGCCACCUCUUUUUGGUACAAGGGUCAGACCCUAACCUGAAGCCGUAUCUGCUGCUGGCCCACAUCGAUGUUGUCCCCGCCUCAGAAUCAGACGGCUGGGAGGCCCCACCGUUCUCUGCCGAGGAGAUAGAUGGCUUCAUCUAUGGUAGAGGGACCAUAGAUGACAAAAGCCCAGUAAUGGGAAUUCUUCAGGCCCUGGAGUACUUGCUGAUAAAAGGCUAUGCUCCACGCAGAGGAUUUUACAUCGGUCUCGGUCAUGAUGAAGAAGUCAGUGGUUACAAGGGGGCAAUGAACAUAGUGCGGUUAAUGAAGCAGCGUGGUGUAAAGCUGCACUUUGUCCUGGAUGAGGGCCUGGCUGUUCUUGAUGGAAUCAUCAGUGGUCUUGAUGGUCCUGCAGCUCUAAUUGGAAUAAGUGAAAAGGGAUCUGCCACGGUAAAACUGAGCGUGUCCAUGGCCCCGGGACACUCCUCAAUGCCUCCCCGUGAGUCCAGCAUUGGGAUCUUGGCUGCAGCAGUCAAAAGAUUAGAAGAUAACCCCAUGCCAAGAUUAUUUGGUCAUGGGCCUGAACGUGAAACCUUUGAGCAUCUGGCCCAUAAGUUCAAGCUCCCAAUGAAGUUCAUAAUGUCGAAUUUUUGGCUGUUUGCCCCACUACUUGGAAGGGUACUUGAAAGAAAACCUGACACCAACGCUUUUGUAAGGACAACCACAGCAGUCACCAUUUUUAAUUCAGGAGUUAAGGUGAACGUCAUCCCCUCCCUCGCUGAGGCCUAUGUUAAUCUACGAAUACAUUCAUCACAGACAUUAAAAGAGGUACUGGACCUCAUCCAGUCUACUGUGGGGGACGAGCGAGUGAAGAUGGAGCUUGUUGAUGGGUUCGACCCUCUGCCUGUCAGCUCUUCUGAUGAAAAGUCCUUUGGCUUCCAGAUCAUUAAGAAGACAGUGUUGGAUAUGUUUCCAACAGUAACAGUUGCACCAGGUAUCUGUGUCGGGAACACGGACAGUCGACACUUCAAGGACCUUACCAAUGACAUUUAUCGGUUUGCCCCUAUCUGGUUUAAACCUGGUGAUCCUCAGAGAUUCCAUGGCAUCAAUGAAAGAAUUUCCAAAAAGAACUAUGAAGAGUUUGUCGUUUUUUACUUCCAUCUGAUUCAAAACUGCGACAUUCAAAAGCUCCCUGAGCCUCACAGCUCAGUCCAUGAACUCUAAGGAGUAAGACAACAACUGCACUUCAAAAGCUGCUGAAAUUGUCAUCCUGAAUGAUAUCAAUGACACCUGGCUGGACUUUGACGUACAGUAUGUGGUUGAAAAUUUUAGACAAAAUGUAAACAAAAUUUUUAAGAGUAGAACCAGAAAGUACUUUUUCAAAUGCAUUUGUAAUUGCAGCUUUUCAACAAACGCAAGGCUCUUAAAAAGUCUUGCUUUACACUGUGGUGAACUUAUCUGGAGAAUUCUACAAUGCAAAAGAAUAUAUGACAGACUGCUGUGAUUAUUUUUGACUGUAUGAUAAUGAUUUUAUAAACUAAUGAAAUGACUGAUGAACACUGGUUGGGUGAUAGUAAUACAAUACCUGCGCACUUGAACUUAAAAUUGUGAAUUUUGACACUAUUAAAGAUUGCUUCUCAGUGUUAUGAAUGCUGUUAAGGCCAAAAUGUUGAUUUUAAAUCAUUAAGAAUAAAAAUGCACUGAGGAAGUUGUUGCACAUACUAUUAAAUACUCUUUGAAUGUUU